UCGGAUCCUGGCAGAAUUGAAGGACAUGUACAUGUGGUGUCAUAUGUGCAAUACUGAAGGGCGUAUUAACCUUGCAGUCAAUACCGCACACCUUUGACACGAUGACUUCACAUCAUCAGGUUACACUAGCACUGCAUAGAGUCCGCAAAACGUACAGCAGGACAGAUAGCCCACUGAAAUCAACCGGCAAGUAAAGAAUUCUAUUCAGAACGUUUUUACUGAAGGAAGAAAGUCUUUUCGUCUCAAACCGACCCUCUGAAAAAAGCUCCCUGCCGGCAAACUCGCUCAACCAAGUCAAUUUGCAGCUCCGAUUAAAACCAAGACGCAAAGAAUAUAAGACAGACCACUACUUUCUCAGGAGGAAAUUUGGAGAAGAUUGUUUGUCUAUAACCAAGCCAUUUAAGCCGGUUACCAUGGGAACUACAAUGAGUUCAGUGGGCUUGGCGAAUAAGCCACCCGCAUUACCACCGGUAAAACAAAAUAAUAGCACUGCGGUGAUCGCCACCGUGCAAUCUCCACCGGACUACAAGUUUGAACACUUUACCAAACUUUGUCAGCAUUAUCAAGAACAAAAGAAAAUAUUACAGGUGCAAAUUCGGACAGAGGUUCAUAAUUGGCAAAAGGUGGCAAAGAACGGUGAUGAAGGGAUUGAAUGUCGGGAAAAGAUCCUGGGCUUCCUCAGUCAGUUUCGCGAGGCACAGAAACAACAAGACGUGUUAAUCGAGAAAGAGAAGUUACGGUUGGAUGCGUUUAGAAACUGUAUCAAUGAAGAAACCACCAACCGGAUAAAAAAACGAUUGACAUUCUUCCAGAAGCUAAACAAACAACACGAGGCAUUGUUGGAGCAUAUACGACAGGAUAUUCAAGAAUGUAGAAUGAUUUGUAAAAGAUUUAAUGAUUCAAGUGGAAGGUCUAAAGGUUUUGAGACUUGGAUAAAAUGUCCAGCAAGCCCAGCUUACGACUACGGUAGUAUUGGAAGCUUAUGAGGUAGAAACAUAUUCUAUUAUCUCGUGGUUCUUCAGUCUACUGGUCAAUGAAAUGGACAAGCGAGAAAUCACCAGGGUCAGAUUCUCCCUUUGAUCAGGAGUAAAGGAUGGAUCAGCUCAAAAUCAACUGAAGCAAAGCCGCCGAAGGGUUUAUGAGACCAUUACAACAGCAUCACAAUGGAAAUAAAGUUAAUUACUUGCCACCAUAGUGAUAGAUCCAGUUGGAGCAACUAUCCACGGAAUGUUACCCCUACUUUAUAGCAAUAAAGAUUAUCUCAUUCGUAUUGUGUUGUUUCCACCUUCUUUCCAUAUCAUGUAAGACA